AUGCUCCGCACUUCUCGUCUCAUCCCCUUGAAGAAGGACGAUGGCUCUAUCCGACCUAUCGCUGUUGGUGAACUUAUCUAUCGGCUAUGUGCGAAAGCUCUCAUCAUCUCGCAUUUCCAACCCGACUUCCUCCUCCCGUUCCAGCUCGGGGUCAAGUCAAUCGGUGGUGUAGAGCCGAUCGUGAGGCUGACAGAGAGAGUCUUGGAGGGUUCUGCCGGCGCUGAGUUCUCCUUUUUAGCCUCGCUCGAUGCUUCUAACGCUUUCAACCGUGUAGAUAGGGCCGAGAUGGCAGCUGCGGUCAAGACCCAUGCGCCGACGCUUUGGAGGACUUGCAAAUGGGCCUAUGGCGACUCGUCCGACCUUGUGUGUGGCGACAAAAUCCUUCAAUCCUCUCAAGGUGUUCGACAGGGUGACCCCUUUGGCCCUCUCUUCUUCUCAAUCACCCUCCGACCAACCUUGCACGCCCUCAGUCAAUCGCUAGGUCCGUCUACGCAAGCGCUCGCUUAUCUCGAUGACAUCUACCUCUUCUCAAACGACUCGCAAGUCCUCAGCAAAACUACCCAAUUCCUCGCCGACAAGCAGCACAUCAUCAAGCUCAACGAAAAGAAAUGCAAGUUAAUCAGCUUCGAUGAGAUCAGGCAGGAGGGCUUCAAGAUGCUAGGGACGAUGGUAGGUGGUAAGGAGAAGCGGGCGGAGUUUCUGGAAGGCAGGAUUCGGAAGGAAAUGGCAAAGGUGGGCAAGCUCAAGGAUCUUCCACAUCAACACGCGCUCCUUCUAUUACGGUUCUGCAUCCAGCAAAAUCUACGACACCUACAGAGAAGCCUACGCUCCGACGACCUUGUAGAUCUAUGGGAAAGACUGGACACGAUGCUGUGGGAGGAGGUGAAAAGGAUGAGGAUGAGGCAGCGAGAGGAUACAGUGGAAGAGGAGACUCUAGGGAGAUCGUUGACGAAGCUACCAGCGCGACUGGGCGGACUAGGUCUACUUUCCUUCAAAGAUGUAGCCCCCCUUGCUUACCGCUCGGCAGCCGAGGCCUCCGACACUCUCCUCGAUAACCUAGGUCUCCUUUCUUCGCCUGAGGAACCUCCAACUCCGGUCCCCCAACGAACUCGAUGCGCAGAACUCUGGGAAUCGCAACAGGAAGCCAUUCUACGUAAUCUCGGCGACACCGAACGCAAGCGACUCACCGAGAAUGCCUCCAGACUCGGCCGAAGUUGGUUAUCAGUCAUCCCUUACCUUCAGCCCCUGCGCCUUUCCAACGUCGAGAUUGCCUCGGGUCUCCACGACCGCACCCUGGUCGGCUCCUCGAUACCUGUCUGUCGCUUCUGUGGGUCGGACUCACCUUUGGGUCACGACGAGCUUUGCCGCGCCCGCAACCCCUGGACCCAGCGCCGGCACAAUGCCAUCAACCGCGUCAUCUAUCAACACCUCAAACAAAUCCAAGGUGCCACGGUUGAGAUUGAGCCCCACACGCUGUCGGGACAAAGGAGAAACGACCUUCGGGUCAGAGGUUCCAGCGCGUUGGCCUUCACUGACUACGACCUGAAGGUAUACUCCCUCGGAGACCGAGACGCGAGAAGCACCGUCACACCCUGCGCCCCCAACGGCAAGCUAGCCGACUUCUGCUUGGACCGGUGCGUGAACUGGCUCGACAAGGUGGGUCAGGUCGUCUCGAAGAACGCUCCGAAAGUCACUGGUGGGGUCUUUAAACCGAUCAUCCUUUCCACUGGUGGCCUGAUGAGCAGGAGCACAGCAGACGAAUGGAAGGAGUGGAGGGAGGCGAUGCCGGUGGGGGGGUUCGAGAAAAUGGAGAAACGGAUUGGUGUCGAGCUAGUAAAGGCAAGGGCGAGGACGCUGGUCUUGUGAGGAAGAGGAGGUUGGAUUAUUUUUUUUUCUUUUCUUUAAUAAGUUGUUUAUUUAAGUAGUUUCUUUCAUUCGGGUAACACACACGACAACCCAAUAAAUUAAACAACGAAAAAAUGCAACCUCUAUAACCCCCUA